AAGGCCCCUUCCAACGCUAGUGCGAAGCCCACGCCCAUGAGGCUUUUUGCAACUUGGGAAGUGGAGCGGACAUCACCUAUCUGCAUUGCAAGACAAUGCACACUGAAACUUGCUCGCCUGAAUGUUGUGCGACCAUUCAGCUCUGAUCUGGGGUCGCUCCUGAUUGCUGUCAAGAUGCAGAGCGCUAAAAGAACUCUGCGCUCAAACGAGAUCCCACUGCAGCCCACAGGACUCCUGGACACUGAGCUGGAUCUGACUUUCUCAAUGCAGUACCCUCACUAUUUGAAAGGAGAGGGUAACAAGCUUCAGAUCAUGCUCCAAAGACGGAAGCGCUACAAGAACCGUACCAUUCUGGGUUUCAAAACUCUGGCUGUGGGUGUGAUAAAUAUGUCACAAAUUUUGCAAAGAUCUGUUGAUAAGGACCUGAGGCUGUAUUCUGACCCCAAAGAGCGUCAAAACCUGGCCGCAAUUCUGACCAUGGAGUCAUUGGUCAGCCAGCCUGUGGAGCAGGAUGACAUGCAUAUGCCAAAGAACAUGGACACACCAUAUCGGUAUGACUCUGAAGAAGAAGAGGAGUACAGCACCAAUGAUGAGGGCUCUGACUCUGAGCCUGUACUGGAUUCCAGAGGAAAGCCCCCAUCCAUCAAGCACAUUGGGUCAAACAUGAGACAGAGGAACUUGAAGGAAAAGUUCAUGACCAUCUGGAAAAGAUUCAAGGUCUCAGAAGACCUUCAGGGACUGGAUCAGGACCAGGACAUUGAUCCAAAGUUGGCCAAUGAAGUUGGAGAGCUGGAUGACUUCCUGAAUGAGCUUGAGUAUGUGUCUGACUCUGGACCAGAGAUGGAUACAGUGAGCAUCACCUCCAUACCAAAGCCAUCUCUGCGCCCAUUCUUCUCAUCAUCGCAGAACCUUCUGAAUGAUAAUACUCUUGCCAACAAGGUUCCUCCGCACACUUAGUGUGAGCUUGGGAAAAAAAACAUGUAAAGAACUGGCAGUUACAAGUAGGAGUGCUUCCAGAAUAAGCUGCAUUCACGAUGCAGGUCAUCCACCUAAGGUGUUGAAGAGUAUUUGUUUGCAUUUGUAAUGGUAGUUGCAUGUAAAAUGUGAAGUAAAGACAGCAGAUGGUGGAAAGGCAUUCUACCAAAGUAUGUGUAGCUAGGUCACAUGGCAGAAAUGACUGUAGAAUAGCUUGUAACACUGGUAAGUCAUGUAGCAUGAACAGCAAGCUGUGUUCAAUGUACCAGUAGCUUAAAAGUGGAGCUUUAUGUGAUGUAUGGAACAGAAAUACUUAAUAUUGAAAUACAUGCUAAAAAGAUG